AAGUACUUUACCAAAACGUCACCGUCCUCUUCCAUAUUCUUCUCUUCUUCCACUCACUCACAAACUCUUUACUACUACACCAAUGCAAGACCCUUCCAGAACCGCCACCGGCUACCCAGCCCCACCAUACAACCACCACAACGUCGCCGCUCAAUACCCCUACGCCGCACCACCACCUCAAUACUACCACCCACCACCACCACCACGUCCCUACGCCUCCCGCUCGUUCUUCCGUGCCUUCUUCGCCACCAUGAUCUGCCUCGCCGUAAUCUUCGGCGUAAUCCUCAUCAUCACAUGGCUAGUCCUUCGUCCAUCUCUCCCUCACUUCACCUUAACAACUCUCUCCCUCUCUAAUUUCUCCGCUUCCAAUUCCAACCAAUCCCUCACCGGCACGUGGCGUCUUUCUUUUAACGUCCGUAACAGUAACAAGAAAAUGUCCGUUACUUAUAACUCUCUUCAUGCUUCCAUUUUCUAUCACUCCAAAUUCAUCGCUGAAUCAUCGCUUGCGCCGUUUAAACAAGAAACCAAAUCUGAAACCACUCUUAACGCGACGUUUUCCGCCGCUAACUCUUAUCUUGAACAACGUGCGGUUAAUGAACUUAACUUUGAUAGGGCUAUAGGUUCUGUUCCGUUUGAUGUGCAGGUUGUGGCUCCAACUUCGUUUCGUUCUGGUUCGUGGAGGUUUAGGACAAGGCUUCUUAAAAUUCUCUGCCGGAAAAUUGUUAUCGGGAUUUCGUCGAUUGCGACUUCCGGUGAAUUGAUUGGUGGAGCUAAAGAAUGUCAGGUGUGGACUUGAAUUGUUUUUUUCGUUUGCAGUUUGCCCUAAUUUGUUUAGGGUUUAGGAUUUGGGGGUUCAUUUUUUUAUUGAAACCCUAGGUUUGAAAAUUGGAUCUAGUGAUGAAUGUUAAUUUUCAGCGGUUAUUACUAUGCGUUUUGAUUUAGAUACGAAAUUGAGUUUUAUUGAUUGAUUA